AGUUUUGAAAGGCUAAACCUCAGUCGAAUCUUUCUCUUUUCUCCCUCGCUUUCAUCUUUGCCCAGAACAUCCUUCACGGGAUGGCAGCUGAAUCCAAGAUCGGAUCAUGCACUCAGGUCAUUCGCUCCAAUGGAGAAAUUUUUGCAGUUGCUCACCCACAGCGCAAGACUGGGUACAAGUCUGUGAACAGCGAGACGAAUGUACGGACUCUUGGAUCAAAGACAACUUACAAACAAUUCUAUGAAGAUGAAGUGGCUCUUCCGACCGUGACUAAGAAUCCGAAAGGCAUGUCUUACAGGCCUAAGCUUGUUCCCUACGACAUGAACAGCAUCGUCAACCAACUUCCAGUCAGGUUUGACCGCGAACCUCUGCACGGCGUGAGGUUCUGUGCUCCCAGAAACAUCAGUCAGUUUGGGCUUGGUGAUCGCCCAUAUGAACGACAGUAUGUGACUUCAAACAAGAACUCGUUUGUUCAGCAUCAUGGGCUGCCAGUCGGCUUCACAAAUCAGGGCAUCAUGAGCGAAAAAACCAGAUUUCUCCACUGGAAGCAAUCCCUGUAGAAGGUUCUGGGAUUGGAGACUGUCAAUGAUUGAAGUUACAAAUGUGGUGCGCAACGUUUUGAAACAUGAAACACGUGAAAAGAGAUAUAUAUGCAGAUGGGCAAAGUUGAUUAGGCUAUCGCGGUGAUGUAAUAAAUCAUACAUGUAGGACGAG